CAAAAAGUAAAAAAAAAAAAAAAACCGCAGCACCGUUCUUUUUACUUGGCAGCAGCCGCACCAUGAGUGGGGAUUUUGGUUCUUUUCUGUUUGGAGAAAUCAGCCGCAGGAGUAGUUUUGCUCAAUUCGUUCUGCUCUGUCAAUUCGCCGCACCAGCAGCAAUCAAGAAGAAAGUAGCAGCAAUUUUUCUUUUCUUCUUUACUCCUGGAAUUAGCCGCAGCAGUAACAAAAGCUAAGGAACUUCUUUUUCAUUCAAUUUAUUUAAAUUCAAUUUAGCUUUUGAGCAAGAAUUGUAAGUGUUAGCAGUUUUUACAUUACUAGUUCUUAAUUUUGAAGUGAAUUUCGAAUCUCUCUGUCUCAAAUUAACAAUUUAAGAAUUUUCCAUUUCAAACUCAUAAUUCCGUUUUUUUUGUUUCUAGUUCCUUUACCAUGUUUAUCAAUGUUAUUGUGAUGUUAAUUUUAAUCAUGAGUAACUAAUUCCAUAUAGGGUUUGAAUUGGGGCCAGGGUUCAUGAGUUCUUGAGGGCAUGAAUUCAGUUUUUCUGAAAUUCAAUUAAUUUCUGGAAAAUUGUAUAAGAUUAAUCAUAAUUGCCUAUAUGAAUUUGAUCACCUCAUAUAUGGAUUUCUGGAUUUAAUUCAACUCUUGUCUAUGAGAAAUUGAGUUAAAUUAGCUCGGAUCUUAUACAAGCAAUCUGAUCUUAGAAAUAAGUUAGGAUUGUGAUAAUAUGAUUUUGCUCUUGUCUAUGAGAAGUGAUUUCAUUUUCUGUCCAGGAAUAAUUGAAUAUUAAUUUACUUGAUUCUAAUCCCGAAAGAACACCCAGAACCCGAACCAUCCAAUUUGAACCCUGUUUUUAAUAUCCUGAAUCAAUUUAUUUUUUUUAUUUAUUUUUGCACUUGCUGUUAGUUAAUUUUUUUUUUAAUCACCCAAAAAAAAAAUUAUUCGGAAAGAUUACCAUGACUUGUGCUAGCCUGUGAUCACAGAUUGUAUUUAAAACUUCCUUUUUGCCACUCCUUGAGAGACGAUACUCGUGGUCUGGUUAUUCUUCGGAUUAGCCAACUACGUUUUACUCACUAAAAAAUUACACCGAUCAAAUGGCGCCGUUGCCGGGGAGUGGCACGGUUGUUUGUUAAGUACUUUCUGUGGAAUAGGUAAAAGCAAGUCGGUGAGACUUUCUAUUUUUUUUCCUGUUAUUUGUUUGUCGUUUUUUGUGUUCUUUGCACGUGAACUAAGCUGCAGGAACCGGUGUAUGCACACACGUGCUCGGGGAACUGAAGGCUUGAUCCCAUUGAAUCCAAACCCCGAGAGUAUUUUGAGAAGAAGAAAAGGAAGGUCAAGAAACAUGGCCGGAGAACAACAGCCCGCAAGGAGGACAAUGUAUGAACAAAUUACUCCGCAAUUUGCAGAGGUUGAUGGAAUAACCAUGCCGGGCAUUGAAGCUGCAAAUUACCAACUAUCUCCCGGAUUAAUCAAUCUAGCCCAGAGUAACCAGUUCGGAGGGAUGAGACAUGAAGACGCCCAGACACAUAUGCGUUGGUUCAACCGUCUCUGUCGGACUUCCCGAAUCAAUGGAGUUUCUGAAGCAGCUAACAAACUACUUUUGUUCCCAUUCACUCUAAGGGACAAGGCGCAACACUGGCUCGAUAGCCACACUUUUGCCACCUGGGAUGAAUUAUACCAAGCUUUCAUGAAACAGUACUGCCCAGCAUCCGCAGGAAUCAAAGCCAAGGCAGCCCUCCAGAACUUUAGGCAAGGGAGGAACGAGACAUUGAGUGAGGCAUGGGAGCGGUACAAGGAGCUCCGAAUUAACUGUCCAUCCAACAUCAUGGAGAGCAUGGACACCAUAUUUCACUUCUACAAUGGGCUGUCCAUUGAGAGCAAAAAGGAGUUGGAUUACUCUUCUAAAACAGGUUCAAUCCUAAGGCUGACAUCAGGAUAAGGUGAAGAACUGAUAGAGACUAUUACCUCAAAUGAGAGGUACUGGUAUGAUGAGCGAAGUGAAAGAGCUCCACAGAAGGCAGGAUUAUAUGAGGUUGAUUCUAGUACAGCUGCUGCCGCAAAAUUGGAUGCUCUUGUCCUAAAGUUUGAGAAACUCUAUGAAGCUCAGGCGCAGAACAGAUACCAAGGUGGCCAGGGGAUGAACCAGAGGAGUGUUCGAUCAAUGCCAAACCAGAAUCCAGUGAGAGACAUGGUGCUUUCGUGUGAUCAUUGUUUCGGAGCCCACCUGACCAAUUCAUUUCCUCAAUUCUUUGAAGAGCCCAUUUCACCUCUAGAAGUAAAUCUUAUGGAAUAUGCUAAGAAAGGAGAGGGUCCACUAGCACCUCAAUACCAAGGAAACCGAGGUAACUUAGCUGGCUACAACAACCAGAGGAAUAAUUUUCAGAGUGGUGCAAACCAGUGGAGAGAUAAUAACCGCCAAGGUGGGUACCAACGAGGCCAAGGAAGUGGCAGCAAUCAGCCUUAUGUGCCCCCACAUAUCAGACAACAAGAUAAUUCAGCUCAUUCCCAACUAGAUUUGGUGCUUGCAGAGCUGACACGGGCUAGAGAGGAAAAUGAAUUAAGAGAUAAAAGGGCAAGAGAGGAAAAGAUAUUGAUGGAGCAGCGGUUGAGGAACCUUGAGCUGCAACAUGAGCAACGAAUGCGGGAACUAGAGAACAGAUUCUUUGGAGGUCCUUCUGGGAGGCAGUCUGGAAGCCUUCCCAGCACUACAGAGCCAAACCCAAGAGAGCAUGUGAAUGCAAUAAAUCUGCGCAGCGGGAAGCAAGUUCCUGAACCAAUGGUGGAUGCGAAGGAGAGCCAAGCCAAGAAUGUUCCUAGCUGUCCAGGAAAGAGUGCAGAGCCAGUCAAUGUCCCAAAACCUAUUCAAAGACAAUCUGAAGAUGAACUAGAGUUCAAUUCUGAACAGCCAGGCCAGAGAGAGGGCAAGGCAAUCAUCGAGCCGAAUACACUUCAACAAGAGGCCAAGAGGGCUAAUGCACCGGUUGUUCCAUUCCCUGCUCGUGUCAAGAAGGGCGAGGACCGCAAGAGAGAAUACAAGUUUAUGGAGAUGAUUCGCAAACUACAUGUGGAUAUGCCACUCACAGAAGUACUUGCGGAGAUGCCUAAAUAUGCAAGGUUGCUGAAGGACUUAAUCACCAACAAAAAGAGGCUGGAGGAGUACUCUGUGGUUGACCUAAAUGCUGAGUGUUUAGCUGUGGUGACAAAAAUGAUGCCGGAAAAGCUCAAGGAUCCAGGUUCUUUCACCAUACCUUGUUCCAUUCAUGAUUAUGUUUUUAAAAAUGCACUAGCUGAUCUAGGAGCCAGCAUCAACUUGAUGCCAUCUUCUCUUGUUAAUAAGUUGGAACUGGGUGGAAUGAAACCCACUAGGAUGUGUCUUCAAUUAGCUGAUCGCUCUGUUAAGUACCCAAGUGGUAUUAUUGAGGACGUCCUAGUUAGGGUUGGUGAGUUUAUUUUUCCUGUAGACUUUGUCGUUAUGGAUAUAGAGGAGGAUCGUGGUACCCCUCUUAUUUUGGGGCGGCCUUUCUUGGCCACUGCCAGUGCUGUUAUUGAUGUGUUUGAUGGUUCAUUGACUCUGAGAAUUGGAGAGGACACUUGUACUUUUCGACUCUCAGAAGUUAUGAACCACCCCGAGGCACAAACUGAGAGCUGUAAUUUUCUUCAUAUGUAUGAGUGCAUUGAGGAUUAUUUAUUUGGGGGCCAGGGUGAGAGUGAUUAUUUUGAUGAUACUGCAUGUGGUGAGGUCUUAGAUGUGGGUAUGUGUGAUGAUGAAAUGUUAUCUCAUGAACUUAAAUGCUCUGUUGAUGAUUUGCUAGGAGAAGCCUCUCAAGAGGUUUCAGGUAGUACUGUUGUUGAUACACCCCCAUGUGAGCAGUUUUCUGAGCUUAAAAGGCUCCCAGAACACCUACAGUACGCUUCAUUGGAUGAUGAGGGCAAACACCCCAUUAUCAUUGCUUCUGAUUUAGAGAGAGAUGAAAAAGAUAAGGUUGUGUCCUUGCUUAGGCGGCGUGAAGGGGCCAUUGCCCGCACGCUGGGGGAUAUUAAGGGGAUCGAUCCUACCUUUUGCACACAUAAGAUUAGCAUUGAGGAAGGGUUCAGCCCGACAGUGCAACCACUGCGCAGGUUGAACCCUAAUUUGAUGGAGGUUGUGAGAACCGAGAUAUUGAGGCUUUUAGAUGCAGACAUUAUAUACCCAAUUUCUGAUAGUAGUUGGGUGAGUCCUAUUCAUAUGGUUCCUAAGAAAGGGGGAAUGACUGCUGUAGAGAAUGACAAAGGGGAGUUAAUACCUACUCGCAUUGUGUCAGGGUGGCGGAUGGUGAUUGAUUACCGAAAACUAAAUGAUGCCACCCGGAAGGACCACUUCCCUUUGCCAUUUAUUGAUCAGCUAGUUGAGAAUUUAGCAGGGCAUGGGUAUUAUUGUUUCUUAGAUGGGAUGAGUGGGUACUUUCAGAUUCACGUAGAUCCUAGAGAUCAGGAGAAGACCACUUUUACUUGUCCCUUUGGCACUUUUGCUUUCCGUAGGAUGCCCUUCGGUUUGUGUAAUGCUCCUGCUACAUUUAUGCGUUGUAUGUUAGCCAUUUUUGACAGGUUUAUUGGCGAUUUCAUGGAAGUAUUUAUGGAUGAUUUUUCUUUGUUCGGUGAUACUUUUGACUCUUGCUUAGCUAACCUUGACAGGGUGCUUGCUAGAUGUGAGGAGACCCACUUGGCCUUAAGUUGGGAGAAAUGCCACUUUAUGGUCAGGGAGGGUAUUGUUUUAGGGCAUAAGGUUUCUGAAAAGGGAAUUGAGGUUGAUAAGGCGAAGGUUGGGGCUAUAGAGAAACUUCUGUAUCCAACCACAGUAAAAGCCAUCCGUAGCUUUCUUGGGCACGCUGGCUUUUACCACCGGUUCAUACAGGAUUUCUCUAAGAUUGCCCGACCUUUGACUAAUCUUUUAGGGAAAGAUGUACCUUUUGAUUUUUCACCUGAUUGUGUUGUUGCCUUUGAUACUUUGAAAAGGAAAUUGACUGAGGCUCCCAUUCUUGCUACACCCGAUUGGUCUUUACCUUUCGAGAUAAUGUGUGAUGCUAGCGAUCAAGUGGUUAGGGCUAUCCUGGGUCAAACCAAGGAUAAGCACUUUCGCCCUAUCUACUAUGCCAGUAAGACUUUAGUGGGGCCUCAGCUCAAUUAUACCACUACUGAAAAAGAGUUUUUGGCUAUUGUGUUUGCUUUGGAGAAAUUUAGACCCUACAUCAUUCUUUCUAAGGUAAUUGUCUUCACUGACCAUGCGGCUUUGAGGUAUUUACUUCAGAAGAAUGAUGCAAGGCCUAGGCUUCUCCGCUGGAUUCUUUUGUUGCAGGAAUUCUAUGUGGAGAUCAAAGACCGAAAGGGGACCGCUAACCAAGCAGCAGAUCAUCUAUCUAGACUAGAGACUGAAGUGGUGGAGACAUUCAAAAAGUUUGAGCUUGAAGAGACUUUUCCAGAUGAGAGGCUUCUAGCCAUUCAGCACAGUUCAAAGAUGCCUUGGUAUGCAGAUCUCGCUAACUUUCUUGUGGGCAAAGUUGAACCUGCCGGGAUGUCUCGCCACACGAUUAAGAGAUUGAAGUCUGAAGCCAAGCAUUACUUCUGGGAUGAUCCAUACCUGUUCAAAAUUUGUGCUGACCAAGUUGUGAGAAGAUGUGUACCUGAACAAGAAGGAAAGGAGAUUCUAAUGCAUUGUCAUACUGGACCCACGGGAGGUCACUUCUCAGGAGAGAGGACCGCCAGGAAAGUUCUUGAUUGUGGAUUCUAUUGGCCCACCAUUUUUAAGGAUGUUCAUGCUUAUGCUUCAGCUUGCGAUCAGUGCCAGAGGACUGGGAACAUAUCCCGAAGGGAUGAAAUGCCACAACACUAUAUUUUGCCAUGUGAAGUGUUCGAUGUGUGGGGAAUUGAUUUCAUGGGCCCUUUCCCGAGUUCGAAAGGAAAUAGUGGAGGUCGAGCAUAAGGCAUUUUGGGCUCUGAAGAAUGUUGUAUUUGACCUUGAAGGGGCUGGAAAGGAGAGAUUUUAUCAGCUGAAUGAGCUUGAAGAGUGGCGUGCUAUGGCCUUCCACAACAACCAUUUGUAUAAGGAGCGAGUGAAGCAAUAUCAUGAUAGGCACAUCAAGCAAUCCCGCGAGUUUAGAGUUGGAGAUCAGGUGCUGCUGUAUAAUUCUAGGUUGAAGUUGUUCCCUGGGAAACUGCGUUCCAGAUGGUCAGGGCCAUUUACUGUGACUGAGGUCUAUCCGUAUGGCACCAUUGAGUUGCAUGAUCCUGAAAAGGGAAACUUUAAGGUUAAUGGUCAUCAAGUGAAGCUCUAUUAUGGUGAGAAAGUGAGCACUGAAAGGGAGGUUCUUUAUCUUAAGGAGAUUAGCGGUUGAGCAUGAUCUAACGUCAAGCUAAUGACGUUAAAGAAGCGCUUCUGGGAGGCAACCCACCAGAAAAAAAAGGAAAAAAAAAAAGAAAAAGAAAAAAAAAGAAAAAAAAGAAUUAGGAGUUUGUUAUUUCUUGUUUCUGCAUUUUUUUCCCCAUUAUUUUUGUGAUUUCUUCUUGUGGUUGUGCGGUUGGAGUUCUUUGUUUUGAAUUGCAGGUGCGGCAUGGGAGUCAUGAACUGAUUUCGGAAGAAUUACGGUCCUAUGUAGAUGGAGUUCCUCAGAGCUACAAGUUGCAGUUUGCUUCACAGAGUGGGAUGCUCAAGAUGUGGGGCCGUUGGCAGCUUCUAUAUGGCGCCACAUGCUGAUUUUUGAGGAGUAGAUAAGCUGGCCGUUGACAGUAGACCAUUUUGAUGGACAAGACUCUGCUGGCAGAUUCAGGUUGGCGCUUUGAUUUUAUGACCCGGCGUAUGAGCAGACAGAGGAGUUUCAGCAGCUUCUUUCCCAACUAAUUUGGGCUAAAAGCCUUCUGGGAAUGCCAUUCUACACAUGAUACAAAGUUUGAUUCUCAUAGAAGUUCUAACAGACUGUGAACCAGGCUGCCUUAAUGUGUUUCUUCAUUGGAAAUAACCUUCACAGUAGCAGUCAAAUCACGAGCAAGGUGCCAGAGUGUUUCAUUUUCUUCUUGUGCCGCAUUUUUGAGCACGUUUCAGUGGACAAAGCAGUGCCCGUAGGCUGGUUUUUACUUCACCAGUGCACCAGACAGCCAUUCACACUUACUCAAGAUUGAAAGAGUUCAAGUAGCGUACAAGGCAGACUGUGUGCAAGAUUCAGCGGUAUAUAUGCAUCGAGGGGGCUGAGUUUUGAGUUAUUAAGGAGGCUAUUCACUGCUGUUUGGUUUGUACGGUAUUCUGCUAACUCUUACUACGCUGUUAAUAAUGUGUGGUUACUCUCAUAUUACUCCUUUGUUGAAUUGUGUUGAUUAUCAUUCUGAUUAUGAUGUGCUGCCGGGCUGAAAAUCAUUUUAUUCUUUAACUUGCCCCUGUUAUUUUUGUUUUAAUCUUUUCUUUGACCUCGAGGGCGAUGUCACCCCUAAGUGUGGGGAGGUUUGGUUUUAGCUUGGACAUGACAUUUGGUGAUGAAAUUAUUCUGCCCAAGAACAUUUUGAGGUGUACAAAUUCUUUUUUCUGGUUUAGCAACGCAACAGAGGUAACUUGUUAAUCUUUAUUUUGUUUUGUAAUUUUCCAUCUCCUCCAUCUUUCUUGGAAAGAUUUAGUAAUGGUGUAAUCAUCGGGGUGAUGUGUAUAUUCUUGGAAAUGUUGGCAUGUUGGAUGGUUUGAUUUGUGUUGAUUAAAUUCGGUUUUACUCGUGAUUCACUAGUCCGCUUCAAUAAUUGCUUGACUGGCCAGGUGUUGAAAAUCCUUACUCCAUAAGGAGCUCUUCUUUCUAAGCAUAUCGGGAUAACUUCAUGCUAAGUAGGUAACUGAUUCUUGUAAUGGGGUUACACUUCUUGUGUCGAGAAUUUCAUCCUCGAAAUGGGGCUCUGCUCAUCUCGCGAAUCACCCUGUGUGAGAGUUGAGUACACAGUAAUGAGAUAAACUCCUAGGCCCUAGAGCUUGAAUCAGUCCUGUAAUCCAGAACCUGAUCAACUUUUCAUAUUGAAAAAAAAAAAAGAAUCACGAGUAUUCCGAGUUUUAUCACACAAUUCUUGGGUUUUUGGAAUGAUUGGUGGUUUGGAUUUCACACACCUGCAUCGUUGGGACAAUCAUGCUUUUCUCUACAUUUUAGUCGGUUGGAGAGGAAUUUUACUUUUGAAAAUAUUGUUUAACAUGUGAAUCUUGGUUUCGUUGUUAAGAAAGAAAAGACCUUGUGCAGUCAUUUGUUUUGGGUGUGAAUGAUUUUUGAACCAGGUGUUGCAUGUGAUUAUUUAUGUUUUCCGUGGGUUUACUGCACUGUUGCUUGGGGGCAAGCAACGCUCAAGUGUGGGGAGAUUUGAUAGGCUCGUUCCGUGCCUAUCUUUUCAACCAUAUUUUGGGUGUUAACUGUCUAAUUUUUAUAAUUAAUCGGGUGACUAUUGGGGAUUUUGAGUAAAAAUUUGCUAUUUUUCGGUCCCGGUGGCAUUCAUAUUCAGUAUAGUAUUUUUCUACACAAUUUAACGUUUUUGGAGUAAUUUGAUUGUAAAGUUACAUGUUAUUAGCAAGUGUGGUGAGUUGUUAUUGUAUAGGCCGAGUUUGCGUGAAUAAUACAUUAUGUUUGGACUGGAUCAUUGGCGGUUUGCUUUAGAAGUUAUCAAGUGCAAUCCAAAGAAAAAAAAGGAACGAGCAGCCCAAAAAGUAAAAAAAAACCGCAGCACCGUUCUUUUUACUUGGCAGCAGCCGCACCAAGAGGGGGGAUUUUGGUUCUUUUCUGUUUGGAGAAAUUAGCAGGAGUAGUUUUGCUCAAUUCGUUCUGCUCUGUCAAUUCGCCGCACCAGCAGCAAUCAAGAAGAAAGUAGCAGCAAUUUUUCUUUUCUUCUUUACUCCUGGAAUUAGCCGCAGCAGUAACAAAAGCUAAGGAACUUCUUUUUCAUUCAAUUUAUUUCAAUUCAAUUUAGCUUUUGAGCAAGAAUUGUAAGUGUUAGCAGUUUUUACAUUACUAGUUCUUAAUUUUGAAGUGAAUUUCGAAUCUAUCUGUCUCAAAUUAACAAUUUAAGAAUUUUCCAUUUCAAACUCAUAAUUCCGUUUUUUUUGU